UCCCCUUUAAAUCCGUCCGGCUGAGCGCAGGCCGGAAGUAGCGCAGUGAACUGAGCACACUCCGUCAUCAACACGGUCACGUUUGUUUAUUUUGAUGUCUCCUGUCUGAUUUAGAUCGUUGGGUUAUUGGGGAACCAGUGUCGAUCUAUCGCCGAAGCAGUGGUUUCAGGCUGACGGCGUGACACCUCAGGAGCAUGGCCGACGGUCCGGAGGCUGAUGUUGACGACCCGCCCAGUGUCAAUUUCCCUCCGCUCAUCACUGUCUCUGAUCUGCCCAGCGCCACUGCUGCAGGCCGAAACCUAAAGGAAUGGCUCCAGGAGCAGUUCUGCGACAAACCUCUGGAGCAGGAUGACAUGCGGCUCCACAAUGCAGCCUACGUCGGAGAUCUGGACACCCUGAGGAACCUGCUGCAGGAAGACAGCUUCAAACGGCGUAUCAAUGAGAAGUCCGUGUGGUGCUGUGGCUGUCUGCCCUGCACCCCUCUGCGGAUCGCAGCCACAGCAGGACACGCUGCCUGCGUGGCCUACCUGAUCGCCCAGGGAGCCGAGGUGGACCUAGUUGAUGUAAAAGGUCAAACAGCCCUCUACGUAGCUGUGGUUAACGGUCACCUGGACUGUGUCCGGAUCCUCCUUGAAGCCGGAGCCGAUCCCAACGGAAGUCGCCACCACCGCAGCACCCCGCUUUACCACGCUGCACGGGUGGGGAGGCUGGAUAUACUGCAGGAGCUCAUCAGGUUCAAUGCUGAUGUAGACAUGGACCACCAGCUGGGUCCCCGGCUCCUCUUAAGUGCUCGCACCCUCAACACUCUGGUGGUGUGUCCUCUCUACAUCAGCGCUGCCUACCACCACCUCCACUGUUUCCGACUGCUGCUCCAGGCCGGCGCUCAGCCUGAUUUCAACUACACGGGGCCUGUCUGCCAAGAGGCUCUGACCCGCGGCCUGGCCUCCUGCCUGCUGGAUGCUGUGCUGCGACAUGGAUGUGAGGUGGCCUUCAUCCACCUGCUGCUGGACCACGGGGCCAACCCGGCCCUCGUGCCCGGGGACGAGUCAGAGCUGGAGGCUCCUAAUCGAAGGAAGGUGGAUCCGGAGGCACUCAAGGUCUUCCUGGAGGCGAGGAGAUACCCUCGUAGGCUGACACACCUGUGUCGCAUCAGGAUCCGCAGAGCGAUGGGCAAAAAUCGUCUAAACCGUAUACCCUCGUUACCGCUACCACAACCCAUCAAGAACUUCCUGCUUCACCAACAAUGACAGCCAUCCACCUUCUCUACUUCUACUGAGCUCAUCCAACCCAAACCUUAGAAAACCUCAACCCAACACCAAUCCCAAGGAUAGAGCAUUUUGUGAACCCAAUUUGCUAAUUACUUAUUAUUUUCUAAUAAUAGACAGUGAAUUAUAUGAUUUUUCAAACAUUCUGAAGUUAAGAGUUAUGUAAUAUUCCUGUCUUCCAAUUAUUAUAAUAAUUUAUUGAAAUGCUUCUUAACUUAUCAGAGAAGCCUUAGUAUGUCCUGACUUGUGGAAACUAUAUGUGUAUCCUAAAUGUUUGCCUUGUGACUCCCCAAAUCACCAGGAUUUGUUCUGGUCCUGCUUCAAGUAGCACUUUUGCAGCUUAACAAUCAUAGUGAGAAUGUCAUUUGGUUUGAAGCAAUGACUUAAACACGCCAUGUAUUAAAUAUCCUGUUCAGAGGCAGAGGAACAUUACCCAGACCCGGCUCCUUGAAUAGCUCAUUUAUCUGUUUUAUGUAAACUUGGAUUUUAGGCCUUUUACCAACUCUCAGCUAGAGUGAAUGGCAAAAUGUGCAACAACCCAGUGUUCUCUGGUUUAUACUGUAGAUCACUUACUUUAGAAGUCAUAGUGUGAAAGGAUAAAAAAGUACCCUAGAUUAGAUUUGUUUUCUUUGAUUGAUGUAUCUAUGAUUAAGCACUUUAAUUAGGCUGGCAAUGUCAUGGCUGCACUGUGGGUUAGCAAACUAUGAAUACUGUCGUUCUGUAUGUACAUUCGGUGCUGGGUAGUGACAGAUUGUUUUUUAGCCGUAUGCCUUAACGUUGAGUUUUGGAAAAUGGCCUCAAAGCUCGAUUAGUCCAGAAAUGUUUUUAAGGAGGAAAAAACAAACAAAAGCUUAAAAUGAGCAAUUUAAGGUCCUGGAUCUUAACUAACACUGGUAGCAGGAUAAAAAGUUGUUCAACUCUCUCUGUGAAUGAAAUGUAUUUAUGAUGAGUAGAAAUUACCCAGAAAGCUGCCUUCUCUGUGAGUUUAUUGCACCUAGUGUCUACUAUGCAUGUCUGUUGCACAGAUUUGCUUUGUUUCUCAUACAUUUUUACUGGUCAACAUGAAAUGUCAGUGAGUUUUGCUUUGUAUAUCUCAAAUUGAUUUGCAAACAGUAAAUAAUAAUUCUA